UUGUCCCACUUCUUCUCACCCUUCUAAAUGCACAGAUCGACAUGUUCUGCCACAACGUCCCAGGCCAGGCGGGGUAUCAUAAUUACGAGGCUCCUAACCUACAGAAUAAGAAGUGCGACUAUCAAAGCGUUUGGGAAGUGAUGCGGAAAUCGACUGAUUUUCUGUAUGGAAACAGUCCUUCCUUGCCAGAGGAUACCGACAUAUCACCAAACUUUAUUGUCGUGCAGCCGUCCGGAUCUCUGAGGAUUGUUCUUGUUUUAGAUACCAGUGGUUCUAUGGAUGGGGAGCGUUUUGACAAGAUGAUUAUAGGGGCCAAGAACUUCAUCCAGAGUAUAGUACCUAAUAGUUACGUGGCCAUUGUCGAGUUCAAUUACGGAGCCAUAGUGGAUUCUAACAUGACUGAACUCACCAGUGCCAUAUCGAGGAAAGACUUGGCGUCUCUACUUCCAACAUAUGCCGAUGGAGCUACAUGUAUUGGUUGCGGUAUUCAGACAGCUAUCCAGGUUGCCCAAUACAACGGCAUGGAUUCCCGAGGUGUGUAUCUCAUUCUUCUCAGCGACGGACAGGAGAAUAGUGGAACUCUAAUAGCUGACACCCUAGAUGACAUCGAAGGUUCAGGGGUUAUUGUGCAUUCAAUCGCCUUUUACGAAGCUGACACCCAGUUGGAAGACCUAGCCCAGAUGACAGGCGGUAUAUCGGCAACGUGUGCUGACGGAGGGAGCGCACAAUGUAUCAUCUCCGCCUUUGAGUCAAUCAUAGCGCAAAGGCCACAGAGUGUUGCCACUUCUGCACCAAUACAGGUUCAGAGUUCAACGAUUACACUAGAUGCACUAGCCCCUAGUUCGAUCCACACUAGUUCGACCCACACUACCGAUGUAGUGAUCGACGCUUCUCUAGGACUGAACACGGUCAUGACAAUUACGUGGAUGGUCAACCCCAUCAUCUCCGUCACAGUCACAGGACCGGAUGGUACCGUUAUAGACAGCACUGAUGCAAGAUAUGAGGCUGAUAUCAGCUCUAAAAUUAUUACCGUUACCAUCGAAGAGGCAGAGGCAGGUGUUUGGAGCAUUGAACUCAGUAACGACGGUAACAGUCUUAUGGAAUACGUUAGCGUGAACGUGAUUUCUAAACCUCGUUCUGAAGAUGUUUACCCUCCAGUCGUAAAUAGCUUCUUAGGGACAUCGAUAGUAAACUACACCACUGCUCCCCUGUUAGAGGUCUAUGCCUAUGUCCAUAUCAACUACGAACCCGUCAUCGACGCUACAGUGAUUGCUGAAGUAGUCAGCUCGACAACAGGGGAUGUGACAACCAUUUCGCUACGUGAUAACGGACUAGGAGCUGAUUUAAUCUCAGGUGAUGGUAUUUACUCGGCUUAUUUCCUUGACUUCUCAUCGAAUGGACGAUAUGGUGUCAAGGUAGAUGUAAACGGAAACACCGCCACAUCGUCACACAAUACUCUGCGAUUAAAACGAGAAGUGGGAACACUAACCCCUCCCGCCCCGUCGCUUUUGUUCCAGCGAACGACUACAGCGGGUGUCUUUCAAGUCGAAAACUACUCUCCUGAUCUAAUUUUUGACAUCCUCGCACCAUCUAAGAUCGCUGAUAUCACUAGCAGGGAGAGGACUUACGAUGCGAACAGAAAUGUGACGUUAUCAUGGUCGGCUGUAGGGGAUGAUUUAGACCAAGGAACAGCUGCCUACUACGAGCUCCGUUUCUCAGAUAACUUCACCCAAAUCCGUACCAACUUUACAUCCGCUCCUGCUGUUAACGAUACCGAUCUCAUACUUGGUAACCUCUCCCGAGUCGCUUCAUCUGGUACUCUCGAGUCCAUCACUAUUCUUCUGCCUGGUGAGGACUCAGAGGCUAUCUUUUCAUUCAUGAUAAGAGCCUGGGAUGAGGCUGGCAACGCAGGUCCAUUAUCGAACAUCGUAUCUGUCUCAAGACGUUCCCUACCCCCGACUACCAUGCCGACUACCAUUCUGAACUCGACAUCGGAACCACCAUCCACACAAUCACCUGGAGUAGCACUACCAAUAUGGGCUAUCAUUUCAUUAUCAUGCGUUGCACUCCUCAUCGUACUCGCUGUUUCCAUUAUACUCGGUGUAAUGUGUGGGCGUCGCGCACCUAAGAAUGCAAGGAGGUCGGAUAAUGAUCACACUAAUGCUGCUUAUGUGUUUGGUGAUCCAUGAAGUUACUAGGCUAGUAACUCCAUGGAUGAACCGUAGCAUACAACUGUAUGUAGAUGUGUUAAAGA